AUGGCGUGUGAUUCAAUUAUUGCGUUGCUUAGGGGUUGUGCUGAAGGGGUUGUGGCUGGUGUGGAAAAAUUCUACAUUGUCGCAUUCAAUGACCUUAGUGCAUCAACAGUAACACAAAAAACAUAUAGUGCAGAUACAAGCGGUACUACUCAGGCAAUUUACUUGGAUGCCGAAAAAACCUUUGUUACUUGGGGUGGUGUUGGUGAUUAUUACAACAAUCCGCAAUUCGGCUUUAAUGCUGAUGGCUUCAAUGGGUAUACUAAUCUUUAUCCAAACUUCCUUUUACACUUAUACAGGGAUAGCCCAACGCACGGUGCAAUUGUCAAUCAGAAGGCUAACUAUAUUGUUGGUAAUGGUCUAAAGCUGGAUGGUAAGGAUAUUGAUGUAAAGGUUAAUCCAUCAGAAACAUUAUCUGAAUUUGUAAGUCAAAACGGGGCUAAAAUAGUUUUAGAAUGGCAAGCAAAGGAUGGUAAGGGUUCUGAAGUAAAACCCCUUAGCGCUGGUGAUUGGGAUAAGGCUUUUACUGAGAUUGCAAAGAAUGUUAAGGAUACUAUUCUUGAAGGCCAUGAAGCACCACCUUCAUUAUUCAAUAUGAAAACAGCCGGUGCGAUUGGUAACAACCAAGAAAUGGCUAACAAUUACAAGGCUUUUAAGGAUAACUAUAUUGCUGUUAAGCGUUCACAGAUUGAAUCAGCAUUGAUGCAGGCAAUGGAUGAUUUACCACCAUUACCAAACGGGGCUGGUGCUAGGUUAUUAAAUGAUGUGAAUGCACCAGUGGCGAAGCCUCAAGCAGCCCCUGCAAAUCCUGCAACCCAACCAGCACCAGUACAACAAGCUGAAGCAGAUGCUGAAGCUGAAAAAAAAAAGGUGGCGAAGCCUCAAGCAGCCCCUGCAAAUCCUGCAACCCAACCAGCACCAGUACAACAAGCUGAAGCAGAUGCUGAAGCUGAAAAAAAAAAGGGUAUCAGGAAGCUAACCGCUGAAGAUUAUGAACAGGUUAAGCAUCUUGGGGUAACUGCUGAUGAUUUUGAUGUUGUUGAAGAAAUGGUUCAUAAUAGGCAAAGGUUUUCAACUGAAUCUGAUAUUGCUGAUUAUAUUAUUGCCAAUGAUAUUAAGGGUUUAACCAUUGAUGAAUUGGUUGAUGUAUUGAAGAAGGAAGGCGGUAUAAAGACUGAUACAAAUGAAUUAAGGGAUGUUCUUCAAGCGUUAAAGGAAUCAGGAUUAGCUGAAGUGGAUAUUGACAGGGAUGGAAGGAUUAAGGUUACACCUGUUCCAAAGGCUGAUGUUCCUGAUACGGAUAAAGAAACAGCUUAUAAACCAAUUAUUGGGAAGGCUUUAUUUGAAGGAUUAACUCAAGCUGUAUAUGAUUGUAGUGUAUCAGGUGUAAGCCUUUCUGAAGCCUAUAUUAAUUUAAUAGAAGCAUCCAAGCCUUAUAUUAUUGCAAAGACUGUUACAAAUAAGGGUGUUCAGAAGCUUAAUGAUAAUUCCUCAACAUCUUUAUCAUCUGGUGAUAUUGAAGGUGUAAAGCAGUAUUAUAAUAAUCUGAUUAGCGGAUACAAAUCAGACUUGGUUCAAUUCCUUAAGGAUUCUAAUCUGAUUGAUUAUAGAAAUGAUUUGGAAAUUACUAACCAAUCAACAGGAUGGUUUUUUGAAGGUGUUACCCUAACUACUCAGAUUGACCAAGCACAGGAAGCCAGUAUUGAUGAUUAUGUACAGGCUGAAUCAACCUAUACUUAUCAGCAAUUGUCCGAAUUGAAUAAGGUAUUGUUGAUUAGUGUCAAUGAUGUAUUUGCUAAUUCACCGAUUGAAGAUAAUGUUGAUGUAAAGCUUUUAGCUAGGACUAUUCAACAGGUUCAGCAGGUCAAUCUUAAACCAAUACUUACUGAAGGGAUUUAUAAUAAUGUUUUGUUUGCUGUUCAGGCUUUAAGCCUUAGCGGUGAAGCAAUGUCUUCUUUAUACUCAGAUUUAUUAUCAAUCAUCAAGCCUUAUUUAAUCAAUAAGACGGUUGCUGAGUUUGUUAUUCCUAAUCAAUAUAAAUUCACUGCCAAGGGCUUGAUGAAAAUGAAUGUUAACUCAGCUUCUGAUUUAUCUGAUGGUGAUUUAACCAAUGUGAAGGAUUAUUAUGAUAACCUUUCAACCACAUAUAAGGAAAGUAUUAUUGCCUUCCUUAAGAAGUACAAGCUAACCAGCAUUUAUUCUGAUGAUUCAAUUACUUCAGAUGCAAGCGGCUGGUUUUUUGAAGGUGGUUUAACACCAGUUAAUUCAGGAAGUCAGGGAAAUAUAUCACCAUUAGCAAAUGACAACUAUACAAUCUCUGCAACCCUUGAUGGAAGGAUUGCCUAUUUUAAUACCAAUAAUGCCUUAAGUGCUUAUACACUGGAUUUAUCAACCCUUGUUAUUACUGGUGGUUCUGUAUCUGGUGCUUAUUUGCCUUUAUCAGGUGGAACCCUUACAGGGUUGGUUACAGCAAAUACUGUUAUAACUGCUGUUACUUUCAGUAACAAUACCCUUGCUGUUAAUAGCAGUGAUGGAACCAGCAAAUCAGCCUUGAUAAAUAACCUUACAGGAUUGACGGUUACGGGGGCUAUCUCAGCAACUACAUAUUAUGGUAAUGGUGCAAACCUUACAGGUAUUGCUUCAGGGCCGGGGGGUAAUGAUACCCAAGUUCAAUAUAAUAAUGGUGGUAUCCUUACAGGGUUGGGUGCUAGUGAUACGGCUGCUGUAAGGAUUCAAAACCCUGAAGCCUUCAGUACAUUGUUUAUUACACCAUCAACUUCUUCCUUACCAUCAACAACAGGCUUCUUUGCCGGUACUGGUAAUGGCUUCUUGAUAUAUCCACAAGCUAAGCAAGCCUUAAGGGCUUUAUCAGAUAGGGUUUAUGUAUUUGGUGAUUCUGAUGCUGGUAACUUUGGUGUUGGUUUAAAUAAUCCGUUGGCUAAGCUUCAUGUAUUAGGAAAUUCAAUCCUUGGGGGUGGUGUGGUACUGGUAUCUACUGUAAUCAACAACUUUACAGGCUUAACAGUUAAUGGUAUUAUCUCAGCAACAACAAUAUCAGCUUCAACAUUCGUUGGUAAUGGUGCUGGGUUGACUGGUGUGAUUGGAAGCAAUGAAAGGAUUACAGGGGGUACAUUCAGCAAUAAUAGUCUAACCCUUACAAAUACCACAGGUGGAACUGUAUCCACAACAAUCAACAAUUUCACAGGUGUUACUGUCAAUGGAUUAUUAUCCGCUGCAACAAUUACAGCUUCAACCCUUAGUGUUGCUGGUAACGUGAAUGAAGCCUUCAAUGGAAACAAUACAAGUGCUAACGGUUCUUAUGCACAUGCUGAAGGAUUCCAAUCAAAUGCAAUUGGUGACUAUACCCAUGCUGAAGGUGGUGCAACCCAAUCAUCAGGAACUUAUAGCCAUGCUGAAGGGGUAUUUAGUAUUGCAUCUGGACAAGGAAGCCAUGCUGAAGGAUACAGCACAACAGCAAAUAUAAACGGUGCCCAUGCUGAAGGUAGUGGUACUACUGCAAGUGGUACAAUGUCACAUGCUGAAGGUAGUGGUACUACUGCAAGCGGUCAAGGUGCCCAUGCUGAGGGAUUAGGAACAAUUGCGGCUGGAAAUAAUCAACACGUUGAAGGAACUUAUAACAAUUCAAACACAACUGCUUUGAUGAUUAUAGGUAAUGGUACAAGCGCAGCGGCUAGGGCUGAUUUGGCUAUAUUCAAUCAGAAUACUAUAGUAUUCAAUAAACCAGUUGGUUUAAGUGUUCAGGUUCCUUUGGCUAAUCUGCAUAUAACAGGUGGUACAACAACAGUUGCACCAAUGAUACUUGCUUCAGGUACAACCUUACUAACACCAAUAAAUGGUACUGUUGAAUAUAACGGUUCCAACUUGUUCUUUACCCCAACUGGUGCAACAAGACAAACAGUUAUUGUUGGUCAAACAGGUACAACCCCUGUUACAACAGGUAGUGUAAAUACAUGGCUUGCAGUAUCAAUAAAUGGUAUUCAAUAUAAAAUCCCAAUGUAUAAAUAA